AUCGAUAGUGUAAGGUCAUCUUUAGAUUAACAUACAUCCUAUCAAAAUCGAAAUAUGUUUACGAAAACGAUGUUUUUAUUUGUGAUCCUGGUGUUGCAGUGCACACUAGGAUUCCCACAGAAUGCAGGAUUUAAUCCAUCUGGUAUAGCAGGGUCCUUUUUGAAACCUAUAAAGGACGUUAAGGAAAAACAUAUCAUGCCGGUCGUAGGUUUAUUUCAAGAACCAUUAGGUGCUUUUUCUAAAGCGUCGCAUGGAAUUCUAAAGAGGGCUACAGAUGAAGAUAAGUCUAGCGGUAUGGCAGCUGGAAAGGAAGCUAAAGAUAAACACAUACAGCAUAUCUUUGGAUUAUUUGGAGAACAAAUUGAUAAAGUUUCUAAAGUGUUCGAUAUUUUUGGUUCUCAAUCUUCAAAAAAGGAGUAAACUACAAUUAAAAUCAAUGAAACGUUUGCUAUUAGCAGCAACAAUGACGCAAUGAAUAUUAUUAAAAUACACAAUGAAAACACACAUAAUUACGUUCCGUACGUGCUCAUGAAAUGGGC